GCGAGGUAAUGUUAGCACAAUGAACCCUAUCAGUCCGCUAUUUUUUAAAUUUUACUCAAGGUUAUUUCAGUCUGCGAUCAAGGAAAGUUGCUCCUUUUAAAGAACAUACAAACUUUACAUAGCACGUUUGUAUAGCGGCUGUUUAACUACGUAACGUUAACUUUACAUGUUGUGCGUUAGCACGCCAGCUAGCUUACUACCCGAGCAUUAUGUGAACAAAGAGCGACAGUGGUUAGCUCGUUAGGCUAAUGAGGCUAGCAGCUAAGCUACUAGACGGUCUCCCGUACGUGUCUUAGUUUGUUGUUGGUUUUUAGUCUCUGGCUCUAAUUUUCACUGGCUAUGAUUAAACAAACAUUCAAGAAGGUAAUUUGAGAAAAGUGGCCAAAUUUUCCACUUUAAUGGCUGGUACUUGACAAUAGAGGUAACCAUGGCUAUGUAUUUAAACUUACUUCUUAAAGACACAUGCAGAACUGUAGUUGGUUGCUCUUCUGAUCGAAAAAUGCCACGUAAGAAGGUGACAGACAUCUCAGGGAAUGGUGGGAUGAAAAAGAAGAGGGCCAGUGGAAAAAGGAAAGAGAGGGACUUUAGUAGCGACGAUGAGUUUGACUUCGAGCAGGAGAACAACAAGAAACCGGGCAAACCUGCUGCCAAGUCUGGUCUCCAGCCUGUCACUGUGGCAGAUGAUGUCAAAGAGAAAAUAAAACUUGAGUGUCCAAAGGUAAGAGGACAACUGCUCAUCUUUGGAGCAACCAACUGGGAUUUGAUUGGAAGAAAGGAGGUGCCCAAACAACAAGCUGCUUUCCGCAACCUGGGCCAGAAUCUGUGGGGUCCUCACCGCUACGGCUGUCUGAAUGAUGUCCAGGUUAGUUGUGUGGUGGCAGGUCCCUGUGCUGCACACAGUCUCCUUAUGACCACUGAGGGCAAGCUGUGGAGCUGGGGUCGUAAUGACAAAGGUCAGCUGGGUCACGGCGACACCAAGCGCCUGGAAGCUCCCAAGUUAAUCGAGGCCCUGGCAGAUCACGUGAUUGUUGCUGCAGCCUGUGGACGCAAUCACACCCUGGCACUCACAGAGGAUGGCACCGCUUACUCUUUUGGUGAGAACAAGCUGGGCCAGCUUGGCCAAGGCAACCAGACUGAUGCAGUCCUCAGCCCAGCGCCAAUUUCCUACAAUGGCCAGCCCCUGGUGAAGGUGGCUUGUGGAGCUGAAUUCAGCAUGGUGGUGGACUGCAAAGGAAACCUGUACUCCUUUGGCUGCCCGGAGUAUGGACAGCUGGGUCACAACAGUGAUGGGAAGUUCAUAGCUCGUGCCCAACGCAUUGAGUUUGACUGUGAGCUCAUUCCUCGCCGUGUUGCCAUCUUCAUUGAGAAGUCCAAGGAUGGCCAGAUCAUGCCCGUGCCUAAUGUGGUGGUCCGAGAUGUUGCCUGCGGGGGUAACCACACAUUGGUGCUGGACUCUCAGAAGCGAGUGUUCAGCUGGGGUUUUGGUGGUUACGGGCGUCUGGGCCACACAGAGCAGAAGGACGAGAUGGUUCCCCGACUGGUCAAAUUAUUUGACUUUCCUGGACGUGGUGCCAGUCAGAUCUAUACAGGCUACCAGUGUUCGUUUGCUGUCAGUGAGAUGGGGGGGCUGUUUUUCUGGGGGGUGACAAACACUUCUAGAGAGUCAACCAUGUACCCCAAAGCUGUGCAGGAUCUGUGUGGCUGGAAGAUCCGCAGUCUUGCAUGCGGGAAGAGCAGCAUUAUUAUUGCUGCAGAUGAGAGUACGAUCAGCUGGGGCCCCUCACCCACAUUUGGAGAGCUGGGAUAUGGAGACAACAAACCUAAAUCCUCCACUACUGCCCAGGAGGUCAAGACCUUGGAUGGCAUCUACAUUGAGCAGGUGGUGAUGGGCUACUCUCACUCUCUGGUUAUUGCCAGACAGGACACUCAGCAGGAACAGGAUAAACUGAAGAAGCUGCCUGAGUACAACCCCCGAACAAUCUGAUUUGACCUGUAACGGCAAUACCUCAACCUUUUUCACUGGAGCAGAGACCAGCGAUGCUCAGUAGGAACACCUGGCCUGUUUAGUCACUACUGGUCAUGGUAGUGUGCUAGUGGGAUGGUUGAGUUCGGGGGGGGAGGCACUCAAAAGUCCGAAAGAUAUCCACACAUUUCAACUACCAGCAAACUGGUUCUGAACCAAUUUGGACACUGAUAUCAGAGAAAAUGGGACUAGAGAUGGAAAGAUCCUUCGGAUGAUCCAGCUCUCACAAUGAAACGGUCAAGAUACCUUCACUUCCCACCUCGAGUGAACCUGCAACAGUUUGCUCCAAGGACUUCACACCUAGCAGAGUUGUGCUUCUCAAAACCUUUUUCCAUUUUUGUAAUACAGCCAAACAUUUAUGUCUUCAUGUCUCGUUCUGUUGUUUUCUUUGUAUUGCAGUAUUUGAAAUGAUAGAGUUGUUUGUCACAUUUACGGGUGCUACAGCAGAACCCUCAGUCUUUUCCUACUAAGGGGUUUUCAAAGACCAACACUCCAUACCUGUGCCUUUUUCUAUGUGUAUGUUCAGGAUAUGGAAGUCUUGUUUGUGUUGUUCAGAGGCUCAGCUGAUCAGUUUGAUUUAAAGUAUAUGGCAGUAUGAGCAGGUGUGUGUGUGCAGCUGCCACAGAUUACAAUCAGGAUUUGGAACAUGAUGUUCUGAGUUAGUGCACUCCACUCAAUGUUACAUUCCUU